AUGUUUCCCGAAAUCAAUCCCCCUAGGAAAAUGUCCUUCCAAGCAGACCCGGUCGAUUUUAAAGAAAAGCUCAUAGCGUCGGUGAAGAAAGAGGUGAAACAGGUGAUGGAGGAAGCCGUCACAAAGAAGUACAUACACGAAGAGUCCUGCUCGGUUACGGCCCUGUGCGCUGCGGUCGAGGCCUGCCUCAGCCAGGGCUUGCGGCGUCGGGCGCUCGGUCUGUUCAAAACAUCGUCCACCACAGCCCUGCUGCACAAGGUGGCCAAGCACUGUCCCGAGGCGGCGUGCAUCAGUAAGAAGGUGCAAGACAUCGAGAACAGCGAUCCGAACAAACGGUCGUCGUCGAGCAGCGACAGCACACACAAACCACCGAUACUGAAGAAGAGUAGCAGCAACUCCGUAUCCACUACGACGCCACCGCAAUCACCGCCCGUUGUUAAGUACCUCUGGAUACGGUUGGCCCUGUACGAGAAGAAGCUUUCGCGUAUCAUCGACCAUCUGGUGACGAACGCGACACGCUACUACGAGCGGGACUCCCUGGUCGCUGACUCGGACUACGGUUCCAUACUGAGUUCCCUGCUCGUGGGACCGUGCGCCUUGGACUACUCACGUGCCAAAACUGCCGACCACUUCUGGACCGAUCCUCCGGCUGACGAACUGGUUCAGCGACAUCGGAUUAGCUCGAGUAACCCGACGCCACCGGCCUACCGAAGACCAAUGUUGAACUUUAAGCGCAGCCUGCACACGAGUUCCGAGGAAGGCAGCAUCGCGUCGUUCAAGUCGAACAGCUUGGCGUCGGCCUCGAAGGACUACGUGGAGUCGUUGCACCAAAACUCGCGCGCCACGCUAUUGUACGGGAAGAACAAUGUGCUCGUGCUUCCGAAGGACGUGAGUGAGCCGAUGCCCGGCUACUUAAGCCUUCACCAGACGGUACAGUCGCUUACGAUCAAGUGGACACCCAAUCAGCUGAUGAACGGGUAUACCGAGUCGGAGUGCAUCGACAAGAGUUCGUACUGGUCGUACGCCCUGAACGUCAACGUGGAUGAGAUCGUGUACGUCCACUGCCACCAAGCGCGCGGCGGAGACACCGGAGGGACAAUCAUACUGGUCGGCCAGGACGGUGUCCAGCGGCCUCCCAUUCACUUUCCCGAGGGCGGCCACAUGGCAGCGUUCCUAAGCUGCCUGGAAACAGGCCUGUUGCCGCACGGGCAACUGGACCCCCCGCUGUGGUCGCAGCGUGGCAUUGGACGUAUCUUCCCGUGGCCACAAAAGUCUAGGCGUCGGCCACUGCCGUCGUUGUUGGAAACGAACGAUGAGCUGCCCAUCGACUACGUGUUCCGUGUCGUCAACAAAGGCAACACCGACGAGUUCUUGGCCACACACUCGAUUCUGGAGCUUGGCCGCACAAGCCCUCGCUACCGGGCCCAGCUGAGUAGCUGCUCCACCAACGAGAGCAGCGACUGUUCGAGCAAAAGUCUCUCGAUCGAUGCCAUGUCAAUCGACAGCCCGAAUCCGCAGUCGAAUCAGUCGACCAGCAUCGCCCUGGUUUGCUCCACGAUGAAGCGGCAAAUCAUUUCGCGGGCUUUUUACGGCUGGCUCGCGUACUGCCGGCACCUGUCCACCGUGCGGACGCACCUCUCCGGGCUUGUGAACGGGCGAAUAACACCGGAAUCGGGAGCCGAGGACGGUUUGACACGGGCCCGGUGGGAAACACUGCACGACGCAGCCGGUGUCGUCGGUGACGAUCAGGAGGUGUACCGGUUGGUCUACUAUGGUGGAGUCGAUCACGAGAUCCGCAAGGAGGUGUGGCCGUACCUGCUUGGCCACUACAGCUUCGGCAGCACGCCGGAGGAGCGGGCCGAGCUGGACGAAACCACCAAGCACUACUACGAGACGACCAUGAGCGAGUGGUUGGCGGUCGAGGCGAUCGUACGCCAGCGGGACAAGGAGAAGACGGCGGUGGCCGUGGCCAAGCUCAGCUCUGGCAGUGGUAGCAUGGAGAACAAGAGCAAAACCCUCGACCCAGAGCCGGGCGACGCGGAGGACGAGGAAGAAGAGAUGGAGAACGAAGUGUUUGAAGAGAAUGGCUUCUCCGACAUGUCCGAGCCGGAGGUGGAAGGCGAAGACAAGGAGCAAGCGGAAGCAAAAAGUGCUAAGGAGGGCUUUACGCUGCCCGUGAUUCGGCAGAACAGCGGUACGGCCGGUGGUGUUGCCGCCGUUGAGGACGGCAAAGAGAAUGGUCAACCGGAGCCGGAGCCGGAUCAGGACGAGGAGGAGGACUUUGACAGCAACAAGAGCUCACCGUCGGACUCUUCGUACGCGACGGUUGGGAACGAUUUCAUCGACGUGGCGGAAAUCAUUUCACCGAUGCGCGAGGAUGCUAACGGCGAACAGCUGGCGGUGGAGCGCAUGCAAGAGGGUGACGACGACGAUGGCGCCCAAUCGGAAGAUCCAAUCGAGGAGGAUGGGCUGGAUGGAGAAGUGCCAGGGUCACCGAAAUCUCCGGAACAACCACGCGCUGUGAUCGUGACCGACGCUUCGAUCGACGUAACGAUGCUGCAGGGUGACGGCGGUAGGGAGCUGAACAACAACAACACACUGUCGACACUGGCAGAAGAAGCGUCAGGCCAUCAGGCGUCGGCGUUGGACUCGCUACAAGAACCAAAGUCCGCCUGCGUGUCCCCGGCAAGCUCCAACGGGGGGAUCUACAGUAGUGAACUGUUGGAGUCGUUCGGGUUGAACCUACAUCGCAUCGAGAAGGACGUUCAGCGGUGCGAUCGAAACUAUUGGUACUUUGCGAACGAAAAUCUGGACAAACUGCGGAACGUUAUCUGCACAUACGUUUGGGAGCAUCUCGACGUCGGCUAUAUGCAGGGCAUGUGUGACCUGGUGGCUCCGCUGCUGGUGAUUUUCGACGAUGAAUCCCUGAGCUACGGGUGCUUCUGCCGGUUCAUGGAGCGCAUGAUCGAAAACUUCCCGAACGGUGGCGCCAUGGAUAUGCACUUUGCCAACAUGAGAUCGUUAAUACAAAUUUUGGACUCGGAAAUGUACGACCUCAUGCACGCGCACGGCGACUAUACACACUUUUACUUCUGCUACCGGUGGUUCCUGCUCGACUUCAAACGCGAGCUAAUCUACGCCGACAUCUUCUCGGUGUGGGAAGUCAUCUGGGCGGCGAAGCACGUGGCGUCGGCCCACUUUGUGCUGUUUCUGGCGCUGGCACUGCUGGAAACGUACCGUGAUAUCAUUCUGUCCAACAGCAUGGAUUUUACGGACAUUAUUAAAUUCUUCAACGAAAUGGCCGAAAGGCACAACACACCAGCCGUGCUGAAGCUGGCCCGCAGCUUGGUGUUGCAGCUGCAAACAAUUAUCGAAAAUAAGUAGACCUUUGGAAUCGCCGGAAACCCGUUGACCGGGCACCGAUUUGAAAGGCAACCUUUUGGUAUCAUUUGAUCAUCCACGGCAAGUGCUGUAAGAACAAAUCUUCAACCAACGUACAAUUGAACUUGAUACAGCGAAAACCCUAACAAUAUCGCACUAAGUAUACAAUGAAAGGAAGGAUGUAUGCAUUGCCAUGGCAACAUACAGCGAACCGAUGCCCCAUCAGGAUGAUGAUCGGUGGACAUGCCUCACGUUAUAUUUUUUUGUUACCGUUUUUUGGCGGAGGUCUUUCGCAAUGUCUAGGGUUUGGCCCGUGCAGUAUGCUUAGUCCUCGAUCUGUACCUCCUUGUGUCUGCUUGCGUGACCGUUGUGAAGCACUACCGUGUGUACUGUUGUUGUGUGCUUUCCGUUAUUGUUGUACUCUGGUGGUCGGAGGCUUUCGGUUCGUUACACUAGUACCCAUGCCCGCCUGUGAAGAGUUUUAGAUAACAUGUCAUUCCUGCAGUGUGCGGGCGCUAAACUCCCAUCCCAUCGGCCCACCGGUGCUGACUGUAGUAUUCCAUUUUGUAACUGUUAAUGAUGUUGUUAGCGAACAAAUGGUAAAGCGGUAGACGAUAGUGGACAUUAGGGUCACCCGGAAAUACUUCCACCAACGCCACCAAAAAACUUGUGUGUCCUUCACACUGACUGUGCUAGGACCGGAAGGCCACCGUAAUCAUCGCAAAGAUCUCAUAAAAUGAGUGACUAUAUAUAGCAAAAAAGGAAUAAAAAAGACGGACACAAAGGCAAAAACUACAAAACGUAUACACGCAUACAUAUAUUCCACAGCAUAACCUCAGUGACAAAAUGUUCAAAGUUUAUAGACCGCUAACCGAUUGAGACGAAAACGAAGCUAGUUAUCCAUUGUAGCGUAACACGUAAAUGCAAACCUUCUUCCUUCCUUUGCUUGGCCAAGGACUUCGGGAGGCAAUUGGGAUUCCACUCCAGGUCAUGUCUAUCUGGCUUUCUGUUUUAGUCACAUCGAUGUCUAUAUUACGUAGCAAACCAAAAUGAAUCGCAAAUUUGAUGCCCACUCACUCACCAGCCGUAAUGGAGUAAAGUAUCACCGUUUUACACAACAAAUCACACAACAAUAUCCAAAUGCAAUCAAAUCUUAUGAAGAAUCGCUACAAAAAGAAGAAAAUAGGGAAAGAGUUCUGCCUAUAUUUAUGAUGCAGUUCACAGUACUGCGACCGUAAACCGGGUACGUUUUGGUACAUCGUUAUCACUUCGCAUGCUUUCACCAGUAGCUUGCUUUGAUUGAGUGUUUUAAAUGGGUUGUCUGUUGAAACCGGUCUCUCGCAGUUGACUUCCAGUGAGUUGUUGUUCAGUACUGUUGUUUGGAAGUGAUUUAGAAGAAUUCAGAGGAUCAGCUUAAUUUACUUACACUUUAAAACUCGUAUUAUUGGCCGAACACACGCUACAUCUUCUGAUGCACCUUACACGAAACCUAAUCAAUUGAACGGUAUCUUCCAGUACAUCAUCAUUCAUCAACGAUACAUUGGCAGGGACGUUGUGUCGUUGCAAUCAGUAGUAUACACUUGGUAAAGAACUCAAGUUUCCCCGAUCACCUGUUAUCACAGAGAAAAAACCAAAACCUAAACUAGAUUGACCGUGUUACCGGGUGCCCGAAAGACAGAGCGGGUCAAAUAUAACCAAUGAAUCAAAUAAACUUUUCCACAACAAUCUAGUCUGAAAGAAAAUAAUCAUGAAAAUUGUUUAGGAGUAACUCAAAAUUGACCAUACUGGCAAUGGCAUCUGAAUGUUGAGUGCGUCGUUUAACGUUGUCUGCGUACCAAGGGCCAUACGCAUUAGAACGGAACCCGGAUAUCCGGGACGCCUCAAAGCGAAGCCGGUCGAUAAAAGUGUGUACCGUGGCUACGUACCGAGAUGUCCCGUUUUUAACCGGUGUAGCUGCGUGUGAAGUUUUUGGAACAGAAAUACAAAUCUACGCCUGAGAAGCGAAGGGAAAACGUUGCGACUGGAUGCGAUGCUGG